UUAAAAAAAAAAAAAAAUUUCAUUUGAAUAUGCAAAAAGCUAUUAUUCUAGUCGGUGGGCCUUCUCGUGGUACGAGGUUUCGACCACUUUCUCUUAAUAUCCCAAAGCCUUUGUUUCCAGUAGCGGGUCAUCCAAUCAUCUGGCAUCAUUUGGAAGCAUUAUCGAAAAUUGAAGGGUUGAAAGAGGUUUUAUUAAUUGGAUUUUAUGAAGACUCGAUUUUUCAAAGAUUUAUUGAUGAUUCUACAAGAGAAUUCCCAAAAAUUAAUAUUCGAUAUUUUCGAGAGUAUCAGUCUUUGGGAACUGCGGGCGGAAUUUAUCAUUUUAGAGAUGAAAUUCAACGAGGUGAUCCAAAACAAAUAUUUGUGCUUAAUGCGGAUGUUGCUUGUAGUUUUCCACUGGAAGAAAUGUUGGAAUUCCACAAUACACAUAAGGGUUUAUGUACGAUUUUAGGUACAAAGGUUGCUCGUGAGGCUGCAAAAAGAUAUGGAUAUCUUGUUGCUAAACCCGAAAGUAAUGAAGUUUUACAUUAUGUUGAGAAACCAGAAAGCUUUAUUUCUGAUUUGAUUAGUUGUGGUAUUUAUUUAUUUAACUGUGACAUUUUCAAUGAAAUGAAAAAUGCCAUGGAAAAUAAACAACAUCGAGUCGAUCGUGAUCCGUUAGUAACUUCUGAUGAUGAUAAACUUCGAUUAGAGCAAGAUUUACUUCGUUCAUUGGCUGAAUCCAAGAAAUUAUAUGUCUAUGUUACAACUGACUUUUGGAGGCAAAUUAAAACAGCUAGUUCUGCAGUUCCUGCCAAUGCAUUAUAUCUAGAACAGUAUUUGAAAACAAACCCUGAUCGACUAUUAAAAAAUGAACAAGGUGGACCAACAAUUGUUGGUUGUGUUUAUAAACAUCCUACAGCAUUUGUUGAUCCAAGUGCAAAGAUUGGACCAAACGUAACUAUAGGACCUCGUGUAGUUGUGGGUAAAGGAGUUCGUAUCAAGGAUUCAAUUAUUCUUGAUAAUGUAGAAAUUAAAGCGAAUAGUUGUAUCUUACAUAGUGUUAUUGGGUGGGAUUCAAAAAUUGGAACUUGGGCUCGUGUUGAAGGCACGCCAGUAACAAAUGAAGAAACCGUUAUCACACAAAAUGGCGUUAAAGUUCAAUCGAUCACCAUUCUUGCUAAUGAAGUUAUGGUCAAAGAUGAAAUUAUUAUUCGUAAUUGUAUUGUUUUACCCCAUAAAGAAUUGAGAUCUAAUUGUCAUAACGAAGUUUUGAUGUAAAAAUAUUUAAGUAGGUUUUUAUGCAUAUGGACAAUGGUUUUAUAUUUGUUUUAUUUGUUUAGUCUCCUACUUCUCUUAAAAUUUAAGAGGGUGAUUUGAAAUGAAAUAGAUAAAAUAUAAUUUAUUCAUUAUACCAAUUUUAAAUUAUUAUUAAAGGAAAAAUAAAAUCAUAACUAGAGUUUAUCUAUGAAUAAAGGUAUUAUAAUAAACUAGUUAUAGGCGAGGCAUCUAUAUCUAUAGCUUAUCCACAUUCUACAUAUAGGAUAAUUAUAAUCUUAUUAAAUAAAAAUUUAUAUUCAACUUCCCUUCCCACCUU